CGGACGCGCACACAUCAGCUCAACAUUUGAGAAUACAGCUUAGCUUUCUACAAACACACAUCCGACUAAAGACACAUUAUAACAUCACGUAAUUACAUUUAUCGCCGUUAUUUCUCAACUGGACAUUGAUGCAUUUGCCUCCACGGUCGCCGUAGCGGUCCAUCCGAUCGUUAUUUGCUCCUAUUGCCUUCCUCCCCGCAUCCAAAGACUGAUCUACGCUACAAGAUGGCUGAGCUGAAUUUGGGGAAGGGGCUGACCGCAGGGAAAGUAGCCAGCAACGUCCAGAAAAAACUAACAAGAGCCCAAGAGAAGGUUCUUCAGAAGCUUGGAAAAGCUGACGAGACCAAAGAUGUUGCCUUUGAGGAAGGAGUGAUCAACUUCAACAAACAAUAUACUGAAGGCAGCAAACUGCAAAGGGACCUUAGGGCAUACCUGGAGGCAGUGAAAGCCAUGCACGAGUCCUCCAAGAAUGUGCAGGCAUGUUUGGCUGACAUGUAUGAGCCUGAUUGGUACGGCAAGAACGAAGUGGAUUCCAUUGUGGAGGACUGCGAUGUGCUGUGGACUGACUACCACCAAAAGCUGGUCGAUCAUGCUCUCAUCUCCAUGGAUACUUACCUGGGCCAGUUCCCUGAUAUCAAGGCACGUAUAGCCAAGAGGGACAGAAAGCUGGUGGAUUACGACAGUGCCAGGCACAACUAUGCUACCACACACAAGACCAAGAAAAAAGACGGGGGGAUUAAAAUUACCAAGCCCUCCUCUUUGUUGGAGAGAGCCACUCCAGGUUGGGCUCAGGGUAUCUUGUCUGCACACAAUGUUGCCCAAAGCAGUCUCUCCAGGAGCCAGGCAGAGGAAGAGUUGGAGAGAGCCCAGAAGGUUUUUGAGGAAAUUAAUAUUGACUUGCAAGAGGAAUUGCCUUCACUCUGGAACAGUCGUGUUGGUUUCUAUGUCAGCACCUUCCAGAGUUUGGCUGGUUUCGAGGAGAAGUUUCAUAAGGAAAUUAGCCGGUUGGAUCAGGAUUUGUACGACAUCUUGGAGAAAUUGGAGCGAUCAGACACAACCAGAAAGACAGGUGUCAGCGGCGCCUCAUCAUCAGGAACAAAUAGGAGUGUGAGUGGAAAAGAAGCAUCUAAUCACACUCUCAGGCCAGGAGGGCCACCCCCAAUCCCCAAAUCUCCAUCCAAGCUAAGGCCUGCAGUGCCUCCUCCACCUAAGGUGACCCCAUCAAGGGAAAUGAAAACAGAGAACAUCAUCGGCCUGUUCGAUGCUGCAGCUACUCCUGAUAUCAGCGUCACUUCCCCUACAGAGUUUGACAGUCCAGCAGUGAGCAACCUGUUGGACAUGGACCUGGACUCUUUCAGUGCUGCAACCAAAGCCUCAGCGGUCACACAGCCUGCAAACUGGGACUCAUGGCAUGAGGACAGUGGUGACCAGGAAGAGGAACCCAAGCAGCACUAUGACCCUGUGGCUGCUGCUGCAGAUGCCUGGGGGGAUGAUGGUUCGCAGCCUAUCCGCUAUGAUCCCAUAGCAGCUGCCACAGAGGGCUGGGGGGAUGAUGGAACCCUACCAGUUCGCUAUGACCCUGUGGCUCCAGCUCAGGAGGGAGGGGGGGAUGAUGAGAGCCAGCAGGUUCAUUACGAUCCGGUUGCUCAAGCCCAGGAGGGCUGGGGCGAUGAUGGGGACCAGCCGGUCACAGAGGUGCCCGCCCCAGACGUGCCCACUCCAGAGGAUGAAACACCUGCAGUUGGGGCUCCAGCUGAUGCUGCUGAGGAAGGACCCACAGCAGCUGCUGCUACAUUGGAUGAUGAAGAGGGUCAGGGUGAGUCUGCAGCAGCUGCUGCAGCACCAGAGGAACAAGCACCAACAGAGGAGACACCUGAAGUAGCAGCAGACUCAACAGAAGUAUCAUCACAGCCCGCAGACAUGCCACCUGGCUUUUUAUUCAAGGUCCAGGUGAUGCAUGAUUAUGCUGCCAAUGACACAGACGAACUGGAGAUGAAGGCUGGUGAUGUGGUGCUGGUAGUCACUUUUGACAACCCUGACGAACAGGACGAUGGCUGGCUGAUGGGAUUGAAGCAGGAUGACUGGCAGCAGAACAAAGAAAAUGCCACUAAAGGAGUAUUCCCUGAAAACUUCACUCAGAGGCUGUGAGAGAGGGGGACAGGGCUUCAUUCCAGCUUCCUUCUUCAUGUCUCUUCCUCUUGCCUCAAUCCUUCCUUCCCUCCCUUGCCCUGAUACUGUAUCUUUACUAGGACUUUGGCCAUAGAAGCAGAGCUGUCACAGCCCUGGCUGAAAUCAUGCAUUUCUAAGGUCUGCUACACUGUGCUAAAAGUGGAUCUUGGCAUUUUUGUGGAUUUCUGCCAAUAUUUACAAUUAGAGAUGUAGCCAUUUCACAGGUCCCACUCUUUGCUCUUUUGCUGCACUAUUGUUGCUACUCAAUACUGAAGGAAUUGAUUGCAGAAUCCUGAUCAUCCAGGAUAGAUGCAGGGAUGGGUGCCUUUGCAAUGGCUACUGCUACAGAUGCAUUAUAACAUCUUAGUCAUUUCUCAUCAUUAACUCUCCAAGGCAUAUUCCACCACUAUUACACAGAAAGUGUCUUUUAAGAUGUGCGUUUGUUCAUUUGAUACUGAGAGAGACUGAGAGAAAACAGUGCAGGAUUGUUAAGACAAUGCCAAGUGUAGCAGAGUAUCCCAUCCACACAUCCAAACCCUAAAAUCUCUUUUAUGAAGGACAGGGUAUAAUACACUCUGAAAAAGCAAGACCAAUUCCUGGCAGACAACUUCACCCGAGUCAAAUUGCAAAAACACCUUUGAACAUAAAAGGUGCAGAAUCAGCACCUAACCAGCCAAACAGCACAAAACGAGGGUUACGAUAAUGUAACCCUAGUUCUAUUAGCACAGACGGAACCCUCUACUGGCUGUAAAUUUGCGAUCUUAGGAUAGCCAUCCUACACCCUCCUCAGCCAGUAGCGUAGGAGUGACAGGACCCCUGGGUGGAUGGCUAAUAGAACUUGGGUUACAAUAUUGUAACCUUCUUUCUAUCUCACACAGGCUCCACCCUCUACUGGAUUCUAUGGGCACAGUGGGUGUAGCCUGAUAAAUGAAUGUCCUGUCGCAACAUCACAUUGACCCAACCACACUGAUCCUAACUCACCUAGGCUGCUGCACUGGAGAGGUUGGGGGCCUCAGCCAACCCAGAACAUAUGCAACCAAACUAGGUGAAGCCAUGGCCUAACUUUGCAAGGGUCGAAUAACAAGCAACAGACACCCUGCACACCACAUUUACCAGGUCAUCAAGGAGCUCAAAAAAAAUAAAUGUAUCAUGCCUAGGAGGGUCAGGUGCAAAUUAGUAGCACUUCUGCUGAAGAGAAAAACCAUGUUUUACAGCAUUGCAUGCCAUCGUACUGUGGGCUUCACACAUUUUUGGGUAGGCAUGUUGAUGAUGAUUGUGAUUUUAGAAGAGUAUUACCCAUGACGUCAAGUAGAGGGCAGAGCUUGCGUGAGAUAGAACAAAUUAGAAAUCUCAUCCACACUAAUGUUGCUGAAGCAGAACUUCGUCUUCUCAUGCUCAAGUUGGUUGUUUAAACAAAUGUGCGUUUUUGGCAAUAGUCUGUUUUAGCCACAUGUGUAGCCAUCAAGUGUCAUUUUUUUAUGGGCAUGCAGGUUUCUUCACCUGUGCCUAAAAGGUUAUUUUGGUGGCUGGCUGCAAAUCUGACAAUAUCUAAGUGGAGGCAUAGCAGGGGUUUGUUAGUAAGGAUAAAUUAGUAAACUUUGGUGCCAGUAUUUUCUAUGUACUGAUCCACUGAUUAGUCCUGAGGUUCUUCUUUGACAAAUUCAGCCCAUUUUUUAUUCCUACUUUAAUUAUCUCCCUGUAAAACAUUGAAACAUGGGGGCCCUAGUUGUCGUAUUAGUUUAGAUUCAAUGGUGGUUUGAGUGGUAUGAACCUUUUGUUAAAAAUCCAAAUUAAUGCAUAUGCACUGAAUUGGUCAUCUGACCCCAACCUAGUUAAAAGAUAGCAGGUAUUCAGUAUAAAAAAUGUUUUAAAAAAUCCAAACUGAAAUAUUGAUCAUAGAAUCCUAUAGAGAA